AACUAUGUGUCGUGCGCAGACUGGCCGCUGGACCAAAGCAGCUUUAAGGAGUGUGUCCAAACGGGGAGAGCUGUUUACGUGGACAACAGAAGGAACCGACAGUUCUCGGCUGCUCCGAGGAGUGCAGCAGGAUGAGUGGGGCGGCGCUGGCUGUUGAGAUAGUGGUGGUGUUUUUCCUGGCCCUGUUCCUGCUGCACCGCUAUGGCGACUUUCGUAAGCAGCAGCGCAUGGUGUUAUUUGGCACGCUGCUGGCUUGGUACCUGUGUUUCCUGAUCGUCUUUAUCUUGCCUCUGGAUGUGAGCACGACCAUAUACAGGCAGUGCAAAAUCAAUCAGGAGCAGCAUGUGUUUGUUUCCACCGUCAGCCCCUUACCCAUCAAUCAGACGGCCGGAAACACAUCUGUCCUUCCGACUAAAAGGACAUGGAAGCCGUGCUACAAACCGUGGAGCUACAUUCCUGACGGGAUCAUGCCUGUGUUCUGGAGAGUGGUGUACUGGACCUCCCAGUGCCUGACAUGGCUGUUGCUGCCUUUCAUGCAGUCCUACGCCCGCUCUGGAGGCUUCUCAAUCACUGGCAAAAUCAAAACGGCUCUCAUUGAAAAUGCAAUCUAUUAUGGAACGUACCUGCUGAUCUUUGGCUCUCUCCUCAUAUACGUGGCUGCUCACCCCGAGCUGCACCUGUCCUGGUAUGGGCUCCAGACCAUUGGAAUUACAGCAGCCAACACCUGGGGACUUUUCUUGCUGGUCUUACUGCUUGGUUACGGACUUGUGGAAAUUCCACGCUCCUACUGGAAUGCAUCUCGCCACGGACACCUGCUUAUUAAGACGUAUUUCAAGGCUUCGAAGCUAAUGACAGAGAAGGCAGAUGCAGAGGAGAACCUGGAGGAUGUGAUGGAGGAGGUGAGAAAAGUCAGUGAAUCCAUCAAAUACAACCACCCCUUAAGGAAGAAUAUUGAUACAAUUCUAAGAAAAUGUCCAGUGGAUUACCAGGACAAGAUGGGCAGGAACAUGGAUGACUACGAAGACUUUGAUGAGAAACACAGUACUUACCCCAGUGAGAAGAGCCUGGUGAAGCUUCAUAAACAGGUUAUCUACGCAGUCCAAAGACACAACAGGACUCAAGUCCAGUGGCAGAUCCUCUUGCAGCAGGCCAUCCAUCUGGAAGAUGUAGCCAAAAAUGAAACCAGUUCAACUCACCAGUUUGUCCACAGCUUCCUGUCCUCUGAGUCAGCCGGGUUUUUCAGGAGAUACCUGUACACUCCGGUUGUAGAGUGGUACUGGGAGUGCCUCCUGAAGUGCUGGUUCCACCGGCUGCUGUUUGUGGUCCUUACUCUGUUCAGCGUGGCCGUGGUUUGGUCUGAAUGCACUUUCUUCAGCACUCAGCCCGUCCUGUCCCUCUUCGCCGUCUUCAUCCAGCUUGCUGAAAAAGACUACAACUACUUGUACAUUGAGAUGGCGUGCUUCAUCACGAUCUUCUACCUGUGUACCUGUGUUUACUCCACGGUGUUUCGUAUUCGGGUUUUCAACUACUACUACUUUGCGUCCCACCACCAAACCGACGCUUAUAGCCUCCAGUUCAGCGGCAUGUUGUUCUGUCGUUUAACACCUCCGCUGUGUCUCAACUUCCUUGGUUUGAUCCAUAUGGACUCCACAAUCUCCCACCUGCAGAAGGAGCAGACGGCGUACACCUCGAUCAUGGGGUCGAUGCGUGUUCUUUCGUUCAUCGCUGAUGGGUUUUAUAUCUACUACCCCAUGCUGAUUGUCCUCCUGUGCAUCGCCACCUACUUCAGCUUGGGCACCCGCUGUCUCAACCUGCUGGGCUUCCAGCAGUUCAUGGGCGACAGUGAAAUGACCUCUGACCUUAUCGAUGAGGGCAAGGAGCUGAUCCGGCGCGAGAAAAGAAAGAGGCAAAGGAUCGAAGACAGCGAGAACAGACGAAGAGAGUGGAAGGAGCGCUAUGGCAAAGCGAGGGAGGAUUACACCGCGUUCAACAGGAACGCCCAUGAAAUGAAGGAGACAAACUACUCGGACAGCACCAACAGACAGGCCAAGCUGUCUCGUAGCGGGAGUCGGACAGAGAGAGACCGUAUUGAGCUUCUGCAGGACGCAGAACCCUUAGACUUCAGUGCUGAGAGUCUGCCUGAGGACUCUCUGGAAGAGGAGCCCGGCAGACAUGCAGGAGGACGGUAUCUGUCCAUGUCCUCGUCUCGUGGCAGGAUCUUUGAUGACGUGUAGCUGGGUAGAGCUGUGUGUGUGCUGACACACGGGCGUUUUUGCUGAGCAUGUCCAAAUACAAAUGCGCUCUGUGUCCAGCGGCGGCCCGUGCCUGGCAUCAUCCUCUUCACGCUGCAGG